UGCAGUAAGAAGUAUUUUCUUCAUUCUCCUCUUUCCUUCUUCAUCCUCUUUUUCUAUACCUUUAUUUAAAUCAAUUUUUUUUCAUUAUUUGCACAAAAUCAACUUAUUAGAAAACCUGUAUACUUAGCAUUUUCCAAAUUAGAAAACCUUCAACACUCCCAAUCAGGCCGUUAGGAUUUACAAUUCCAGCUUCGGAUUCCACCAAUGGUCGCAUGUUGCUGAACUACAAUUGAUGAGUCCAGAAAUCAAGUGCGCAGAGUCGACGGCGGAAGAGGUAGAAGAAGAAGAACAGUUAUUCGCCCAGUAGCCGGAGACAGACAUGACGUCUGGCUUGAAAACCUUGAGCCCCAUCGCGACACCUCUCCGUCUUUGGUCCAAAGCUUCUCUCUUUCACUCCUCUCGCCAGAAAUUGCAUUUACCUAUCUUGAGAUCUGCUUCUCUCUUUUAUCCACUAUGCACACUGCAAACGAGUGGCACAAGAGCUUUGCCUAAGGGGGUUGGCGAAGCUGUUAAUGAAGCUUCAAAGAAGAACAGUUUUCUUCAAGUGGUUUUAGUUUCUCCUCAGAUUCCUGGGAAUGUUGGAAGUAUUGCAAGAACAUGUGCAGCAUCAGGUGUUAAACUCCACCUAGUUCAGCCAUUAGGAUUUGCAAUUGAUGAUACAAAGCUAAAGCGAGCUGGACUUGAUUACUGGCCGUAUCCUUCAUUCCUUUGCAACACCCCAAUAAUAUAACUUACACUUAUGUAGAAUUUGUUACCAACCCACUGGUUGAUCAUUUAAGAAUAUGCUGAUUUCUUGCUGAGUAUCUCCACACAUUUGUUUUGCCAAACCAUCAUCAUCUCUACUAUCACCUCAUCACCUUAAUACCAACUAUGUUUUUGUUGCAUGAAAUUCCCAGUGACAGUUAAUCCUCACAAUAUAUUUAACACUAAAUUUUCAAAGAAAGUAUAGUGGUGAAGUUUCACGCUAGACGUCCUUCAUGUUUAAAGCAGGAAUAAAUGAAUAAUGAGAUGACAAUUUAAAACUGUAAUAAUCUAAUCAUAGAUCUUAUCAGCUUACAUAAAGGUAUGAUUAGAGAUUAUGAGUUGUGAUAGUCAUGUUUCAUUGCAAAGUUGAUAUUGUAAAAUCAGCAUGCAUAUAAUGGAACAUGACCGACAUUCUUUAAACCUACACAUGGUGAAUUUUACUUUUUCUCAUUAUGUUUAUCAAUGAAGACUACACUUUCUCUGAGUCUCUGAGAAGAGUGACAAAAUUUGUGAGCAUAAUUGCGUGGUGGAGUGAUAGACUUAGAUGUGUAUGAAAACAUGCAAUCGUAAAUGCAUGCAUACAGAGAUGGAUCAAAGGAAGAGCUGAUGGCUGAUAUGUUGUUGUGAAAGUGCAUCUGUCAUGGUCUGAAUUUCUGGUCUAUUUCAACAAACAGAUUGGGGAAAAGAGGCUUUUGGCAUUUACUAAAAGUGGGACAACCAUACAUUCUGACUUUUGCUACAGAAGGGGUGAUUGGCUGGUAUUUGGCUCAGAAACUAAAGGGUUGCCCCCUGAAGCUGUACUUGAUUGCAAGAACGAGCCUCUUGGUGGUGGAACCGUCCGCAUCCCAAUGGUGGACACAUAUGUUAGGUGUUUGAACUUAUCUGUGAGUGUUGGCGUGGCUGUGUACGAAGCUUCUCGACAAAUAGACUACGAACAACUUCAAUCUUUGCCUGAAGAACCUCAUAUAUGUAUAGAUCCAUCUUUUUUCAAGGAAGACAUUUUUGCCUAGUUUUUCUCCUGAUUACCCUCUUUGAUGUUCAAGUUGAGUUGUCACUGUACUUGCUAAAAUUGAAGUGUGAAGAAAAGAUGGUUGGGCGCAUGAAAGAGGAUGCAGAAUGCAUCAAUUAUGAAUGUGCAUAAAAACUUUGUUAAGCCUUGCUUCGCUUUAUAUCAAACACGUCCUUGCUCUGCACGUGGGAGGACCUGGCAGAGGAUGUAGUGUACAAACAUACAAACUGGGGCGCAUAUCUUUAGGUCAUAAGUCGCUUAACAAACUGACCUAUUUCAUUUUGAAGCUCAAAGGUGGCAGAGACAUUUGAUUGGCCUGGAUCUCGAUAGACAGUUUGUGCCACUGGUCUAUGCUGAAGCAUUAUGGUUUAGGCCUUGAUGGGCGUAUUUCAUCCAUCCCUGAUGGACUUGCUAAGAUGAUUAGGGCGGCCACUACCUGUCUUGCAGAAGGCAGUUACCAAACUUCAUUGAGUGAAUGACUGCGUGCGUGCAUGUACCUUCUGUCUGUGAUCGACUGUGUUGUUCUAGUCCUGUCACUAGAUAGCUGCAUUAGCUGGUGGUGUGACGUUAGCUGAUUGUGUUAGGCUUUAGGCACAAGUUUAGCUUAGCUACGUGACCACUUGUGGGCUAACAGGCGUCCCUGACCGUAUGAAAUGAUGGCAGAACUAGAAUAAAUGGUUGAAGCACCCGCAAUGCACAAGCAAAGUGUCAGACUCAUAUUUAAAGGGUGUAUUUCACACAGGCCACACAUAAACACGUUAAUGCCUUGAUGCACAACACUUUGUCGACAACCUCUUUUGUGUGCUAAAUUAACAACUUGAUACUUGAGUUAAACAACAAAAACUAAUUUAAAGUUAUCUGGUGUUAUCAUGUUAAAGAAUUGUUACGAUCUGUUUCAUAAUCGGAUUUGGACCUGGGUAGUCUGACAGUCAACUCCUCGAAAUUGCACUACCAUGGACAAAAAGGAGCAACUACCCUAUUCGGGUGUCCUUAACUCUCUCUAAGAUUUUCAAAUGUCAAAGAUGGCUCUCACAUAGAGAAAUAUCAGAAAGUUUGAGACUUGAGACUGUUGAGAGAUAGAUUGAGCAUCAAGUUGUCUUUCUUGUUUUUAGUGGAGAGGUGUCUAAAUGGACUCAAUAUAUCAGAAGAUUAUUUGUUUUGCUAGCAGAGAUGAGAAUGACACUUCAAUACAUUCUACACACAGUUUAAACUGUGGCCUAUUUUAGCAAGAUCUGCACAAAUGCACACCACACAUGUAACUCAAAUUAUAGACCUGAGUUUGAAUUCUAAUAGGUGAGGUAAUAAGAGUGAAAUCAUGAAGGAUAAUAGCAAUAAGGUGCAGUGGUUCGAAUUCUACACUACUCAACU